AUGGAUUAUAGAGGAAUAAGAAAAAGAAAAGAUGCAAAAGAUAAUGAAAUAAAUUUACAAAAUGAAGAUAUAUUCAUUAAAGAAACUACGAGAAAUACGAGUUGGAGCAAUAGUUUUACAAAAAUAGAAAGUGAGAAUAAAAAUUUUAAUAAUAAUUCAUCACAUAUAAAUAUAAAACCAAAUUUAAGAAGAAAUUAUUCUAGUGAAAGUAGAAAAUCAGAAAAAAAAAAAUCAGGAAUAUUUAAUAGCUCUAACAUUAGUUCUUUAUCAAAUAAUUGUAUGAAAUCUUUUAACAAUAUGCUAAACAAUAUAAAUUAUAGCAUGAAAAAUACAAAUAAUAAUAAUUUAUCAACCAUUUCAAAUAAUACAUUUUAUGGAAAUCAAGUUAGGAAUAUAAAUUAUUCAACUAACGUAAAUAAUUUGAAUAAUUUGAAAAAUACACAAGAUAAAAUAAAUUUAGAAAACAAUAGAGGAACAAAUGAUUCUAGUUUAUUUAAUAAUCUUGAUAAUUACUCUUAUACUAAAAAUGAUAAAAAAAGUGAAAGAUAUUACAACAGUGAUAAACAAAUUAUGAAUAAUGAUAAAAUAACUGAUAAUAAUAAUAAAUUUAAUAACAAUAGUAACAGAGGAAAUGAUGAAAAACAAUGUGGUGAAGUACUAAAUAGCAAAAAUUUGGAAAAUUUUUUGAAUAAUAAGGAAAUGUUAAAUAAAAAUUAUCACAUAACUGGAUUUGGUAACAAUUCUAUUAAUGAAAUAAAUAAUUUAAGAAAUAUAACAAAUGAUCAAACAUAUUUUACAUGCCUUGAUAAUUUAUUAAGAAAUCAUGGGAAUAUUGAUUCUAAUGAGAUGAUAAAAUAUAAUGAUAAGAAUAUAAAUUGUUUAAAUGAUAUAAUAUUUUUAGAUAUAUAUAGAGCAUAUAACGUGUUAAAUUAUAUGCAAUAUAAAAUUAAUGUAAUUAUUUUAACAAUUAAAUUUAUUGGAAAGAAAAUAAAAAGAAAACAUGUUCCUGAAGAAGUAGUUAUAUCUUUAGAAUUUUUAAAUUUCUGCGUUAGAAAUUUAGGAUUAUAUUUUGUUAGAUUUAUUGAUGAAAGCUUUAUGAAAAAAUUGGGUAAAUUAUUAAGAACAACAACUUUAAAAAAAUCUCUUACAAAAAAUGUGAAAUCGAAAUUGUCUAAAUUUCUUAUUGUUCCUAUAAUUCACCCAGGUGUGGCAACUGAUCCCAGACUUCAUUUUAUAAAAAGAAAAAUUUUGUUUAUGAUGCAGUUGUGGCAUGAUUCUUUUAUUCUUCAUCAAAAUGUAGCAUCAGCUAUAUUUUCUGAAUAUAAAUCAUUAAAAGAAAAAGGUGUCUCCUUUCCAGUUAUUAAUAAAUCAGAAAAAUUUUUAGUUAAAAAUGCAGAAACAUCCCCUUCAUUUUCAGAUGAUAAUAUUUUACAUGAAUUACCUUUAAAUUUAACUCAAAUAAAUAAUAUUAUGAAGAGUUUGAAGGAUAUUCAAAAAAUGAAUCAUGAUGAAGAAAGAACUAAAUGCAUUAAUAUAGUAUCAACAUUUAAAGAGAAUAUUAUACAAUGUAUAAAUAAAUUGUCAGAUUAUAAAGGAAACACUAAUGUUUCUGUUACAUUAAAUUCACUUCUUUAUAUUAAUGAUCAAAUUGGUGUUUUAAACAGGUUAGAAGAGGAGAAAAAAGAAAAAGAAGAAAAAGAAAAACAGCAAGAAAUAGAAAAAGAAAAAGAAACGGAACAUGAAUAUGAACAUGAAAAAAAAAAAAAAAAAAAAAAAAAAAAAAGAAAUUUAGAAUUAAAUAAUAUAAAUGACAUAAUUUUUAAUAAAUAUGAUCCAUGGAAUAAUGAAAGAAUAGAUAAAAACAAUGAAGAAUGUAAAACUGAUAAAACAUUUUUUAAUAAAUCAUUAGGUAAUUUUAGUAAUACUUCUGAUGGAAAUCCACUAGGAAGUUUAUUUAAUAAUGAAAAUGUGUUUUCCUUUUUUAAAGAUGAAGAAAAAGAAAAAAAUGAAACAGUUAAUGAAAAUAAUUUUAUUUAUGACAAAUAUAGUGUAUUUAAUGAAUUAAACUUCAAUAAUGAUAAAAAUUAUAUUUGUAGUAAAAAAAAAGAAGAACUAGAUAUCUUUAAUAAAAAUGACGAUAAUCAAGAGAAUGUGAUAAGAAAUAAUUUAUACCAUAUUAAAAUAGAAAAUGAAAAGCAAAAUUGUGAAAUAACUAAUAAUAGCACUAUGAAUAAUCAAAAAUAUAAUGAGAAAAUAUCGAAAUUAGAUGAAGUAAAUAACAGUGAUUUUAAUAUAAAUGAAGUGAAUGAUUUAAAUUAUACAAAUCAUAAAUAUGUAAAUAAUGAAAACUCGAAAAUUUCUAUUUUAAGAGAAUGUAGUAAUAACAAUGUUAAUCAGUUGAAUAACUUUGAUAAAGAUAAAAGAGAUAUAGAUCUCAGUGUGACUGAUAAUGAUUGUAAGAAAACUGAAAAAGAAGAAAAUAACUAUAGUUUAUAUCAUUCAACAAAUAAAAAUAAUUUUGAAAUAGAAAAUUAUAAUGUGAACAUUUCGAAAGAAAGACAUUGUAACUUUGAAAAAAAAAUUUCAUUUAAUAACGUUGAUGAAAUUUCUAAUAAUAUUGAAAAUAAUGUUACAGGAGAAGAUGAUUACAACAGUAAUACUAAAACAGAAAAUAAAUAUAUGAAUAUUAACUACGUUAAUGUAGAAACUUUAAAUAUAAGGUAUAUUAAAGAAAAAAAUUCAAAUGAUGUAAGUUCAUAUAAUGAAAGUCAAAAUGAUUCAUUUAAUUAUUUAAUAAACAGAGAAAAUUCUAAUGGAGGUAUAAACAAGUUACUUCAUUCAGAUAAUAAAAGUAAAAAGAAAAUUGUAGAAAAAGAAAUAUAUGAAAAAGAAAAAUAUGCAAGAGAUAAUUUUGAUGAAAAUAAUUAUGAUUAUUUAUUCGAAACAUUUGAUUUUAAUACCAUUAAUAAUAAUUGUGAUAAGGUAGAUAUAAACAAAAAGAAAAAUGAUUUUUUAGAAAAUUCAAACGAAAAGCGAGAUGAUAUAUUCUUAAGCAAUGAAAAUGAAUAUGAAAAUAACAUAUAUUUUACAAAAGAAAAGGAUAAUGUAGAUUUAUAUGAACAAAAUGAGAACAAUUUAAAUAAUGAUAAAUUUAAAGAAAAGCAUGAUGAAGAAAAUAUAAGUAUGAAUAACAUUAUUAAAAAAUUUCAUAGCGUAGAGAAAUUUGAAAAUAAGAGUACUGUUUUAGACGCACAUAAUAUGAACCUACAGGAGAUAGAAAAAGAUUUUACUUCUUUAGAAAAUAUUGAUAAAAAAAAUUAUACUUUUUCUUUAGAGGAAGCCAAUAAUGAAACUAUAAAUAUAAACGAAAAUAUUGACCCUAUAAAUGUUGAUAUUCAAAAUGAAAAUAAUUCUAUGAAUAUUUCGGAAAAGAACAUGAAUAAAUUGAAUAGUAAUGAUAAUUGUUGCUGUGAUGAACAACGGUAUAAUUCAAAAAAUGACAUAAACAUUUCUGGAAUUCAAGAGGAACUUAAUUCAGAAAGUGUUGAACUUAAAAGAAAUGAUGAUAAUUAUAAUAAUUUAGAGAAUGAUCAUAUAAUUAAAGAUCAAAACAGUUCUAGCGAAAAAGUUGAUGAUAUAAGUAACGCUGAUUCGAAUGACAUAAAUUUUGAUGAAAUUGACGAAAUAACUAAGGCAUUAGAUGAUAUAAAUGACAAUUUUGAAAAUAUGAAUAUUUAUAAGUUUGAUCACUAA